AUGAAGCUCCUGGUGGUCUUACUCGCGUCGAUAGCAUUGUGUGCUGGAAGUGCAAUUCCCCAGAUCCCAGGGGAUAACAGCCACUAUGUCGAAGGCGAGAGCCGCUAUAUUUGGAUGCCCGAUGGGGAGGGUAAACCUCACUUAGUAGACCUUCAAGCUCCACCUGACAUGGAAAUGCUGAAAACCAGGAACGGAGCCAAUAACCAAUACCGUCUGUUCACAAGGAACAACCCUACCAGUGCUCAAAUCAUCACAAACGGCAACGCUAACUCCAUUCACAACUCCAACUGGCGGUGGGGUAGACCCAUCAAAGCCGUCGUUCACGGAUGGAACAGCAACGGAAACAGUCAAGUCAACACCCUCAUUACCGCAGCGUUUUUGGCGGCCGAUGACUGCAACGUCAUUGUCGUCGACUGGAGCGGAGCAGCCAGUGGUCUUUACACCACCUCCGUGAUGGCUGUCCCAGGCAUUGGUCAAUUCCUCGGCAACUUCAUGCAAUGGGUCCUAAACACUGUUGGUGGAAACUGGUCUCAGGUCCAUCUUGUCGGUCACAGCUUGGGAGCUCACAUUGUGGGUAAUGCUGGUCGCCAAGUUGGUGGACAACCAUGGAGAGUGACAGGAUUGGAUCCCGCUGGUCCUCAAUGGGGUGGUAACUCUAACGCUUUGAACCGCAACUCCGGAGUUUACGUCGAAUCCAUCCACACUGACGGCGGUCUCCUGGGUAUCAUGGACCCAAUCUCUGACGCCGACUUCUACCCCAACGGUGGAAGGAAUCCUCAGCCUGGAUGCUGGGUCAGCACCUGCUCUCACAGCCGCGCCUACGAGCUGUUCGCCUCCAGUGUCAGAACUAACCACUUCGUUGGAAGACUCUGCUCAAACUUCAACCAGGCUCAGAACAACCAGUGCAGCGGUAGUGCUCUGAACAUGGGCAACAAUAUUCUCUCAAAACGCGGCUCCGGACUUUAUGGUCUCUCUACUGGAAACAGCUGGCCUUUCUAAUCUAUAAAUAACGUAUUAUUG